CACGAAUGAAAAAAAUUUGACAGUUCAAUAAAAUAAAAUAAAAAAACAAAGGCAAAAAGUCCUGUAAUUUUUUCUUAUAAAAUUUCAUUUAAAAUUUAAAAAAAGAAGCAAAAAGGCAAUAUGUGUAUAUAAAAAAGUUGUGAGCGAAAUAAAUGAAAUGUUAAAAACAAUACUUUGGUUAAAAAAUAUUUGUGUGAAAAAAUUCCAAUAGAAAUCAAAUCAGGGGUUGAACACACUCUCGCAUAUACAGCCGACGAAUAGGCAUUUUAAAUUGUUAGAAAAGGUACAGAUAUAAACAAGAAAAGUCGUACAUAGCGGAUAAGAUGGAACAAAAUGCAAAUGAUCCAUUUGCAUCUGAAAAUAGUGGUACUGCUAGAUUCGUCGGCGGAGGAGUGGUAAGCGGGGACCACUCCCUUGAUAAUGGUGCUAUAGCUGGGAGCUCUGUCAUUGUGAGCAGCAAUACAGCUGGCACUGUAAAUGCUGGUCACGAAUACCAGACAAUGAAGCCGGGGUCAGGCGCCAACUUUAAGCAAGUGGGUCGUACUGAAAUUCCACACAGUGAAUUGGUAAAAAUGUUGUACUAUCUUGAAGGCGAACUGCAGGCUCGAGAUGUUGUAAUAGCGGCCUUACGUAACGAACGUGUCAAACAAUAUAUAUCUCAACUUAAAAGCAAAAGACUCCAGCCUAGUGACCCUCACGUAGCUAUUUUUCGCGACAAAGUUGCAUUGUCAGGCAACUUAAUAUCGAGGGAAUCGUCUACACAAGCUGCCCAAGCUGAAAUGGAAGUGCGACAAAUUAUUGAACAACAAAUGGAACAGUUGUAUCAAAUGGUCAACAAACAGCGGGCUACACAUCUACGAAUGGUCAACAUUUUGACAGAGUCGUUGGAAAACAAUCAGCGCAUGUUGCAGGAGCUGGAAGAUGAGAAACGAAAGCAUGAGCACGAUACUGCACAGGGAGACGACAUAACUUAUGGCUUAGAAAUGGAACGAACUAAGCUAAGGCAAGAACUGGAGGAAGAAAGAGCUCAGGUGAAAAAACUAGAAAAAGAUUUAAAAAAGUUGCAAGAAACAUUAGAUUUUGAACGUAAUCGCCAAAAGCAAAUAGUACUAUUAUUAAUUGCCGAAAGAAAAAAGAUUAUGAUGAAAUACAUUGAGGAAGGAAAACGUUCUGAAGAUUUGGCACAAAUCUUGGCAGAAGAAAAACAACGUUCUGAUAAUAUAGCUGAAGGUUUAGAAGAAGAAAGCAAAAAAUCGUUGCGUAUGGAAGAAGAAUUAGAAAAGCAAGUAGCUGCUUCUGACCAAGAACGUAAACUCAUUAAAGCAAAUCUAGCUAAGGAAGAACUUCGUGUCAAAGAACUGGAACAGGAGCUAAUAACUUUAAGAGCUGAAAAUGAGGCUUUAAAAAAACAUCAACUUCAGCAAAAUGCCACAAUGAGCAGCAAUACUGCAUCCAAAUCUAGAGCGUUUACUGAAGAUGGAUGUGCCACGCCAAUGGUGAAUAUAGCCAAAAUAGUACAACCUACGGCGACAGUAUCUAGCGUCCCUGUAUCUGGACCCACAACUGGUAUCGCUCUGUCCCUUACCCCAGCAAUAAAUUUACGUACGGGUAUAGCUACAGCUCCUUCGAAUCUAACACCUUUACCUCAAAUAGCUGCUGCUGCAACAAUAGUAGUGCAGUCUUCAACAGUUGGCAAUGAUGCCACUUCAUGCACACCAACACCAGGGACGGUUUUGGCUCCUAUUACUUCAGCAUCUGUUGCACAAAAAGCACAAACGGCAGCUCCUUCAUCGCCAUCACCGGCCAAAAUGCAACCAACAGCAACAAUACAACGUGCUCCCGGUGGUAAAUAUUCAGCUUUAGCAGCUGCUGCAGCGGCAGGCCACUCACUUGACCAAGCUCCAUCACCUCAUCCCGUACCAAUAGCGGUACCGCCUGUAACUGUGCCACCAGCUGGCGCCAGAGGUGCUCCCCCACCCAUACCACCCAAUAAACCAAUAGUCCCACCAAAGCGUGAACCCUCAUUAUCGCGCCUUGGCUCUAUAACUGGUGCUGCAAGUGUAGCGGCUGUCGCCUCAUCAGCUUCUACCGCUGCCAAUGCAAAAAAUUAAUUCAAUUCUAUUAAAUUUACUCUAAGUAAUAAUCAAUGACAUAUAAAAACAAAAUCUACAUUAUACGAUAAAGAAUAAUACUCUCAAAUUACUUUAUACAAAUCAUGAUACUAUAAACAAUUGAUAUUUAGAAAGUUAUAAAACUACAAACAAACAUAAUAUAAUAUAUAUAUAUAUAUAUAUACAUAUAAUAUAUUCCAAGAACGACAAAAAAUUAAGUAAUCUCAAAAUUAUUAAAGAAAAAUUUACAUACGAGUAUAUCGUUAGCUUUGUGUGCAAACGAGCUAACAACAUACUAAAAUCGUUGGUUUUAAUCAUUUUUGAAAUCUGUCAAUGCAGUUUUAUUACUUAUUUGGUAUGAUUUAACUCUGUUAUUGGAUUUAAAGUCAAUAUUUCCUUACAAAUUUUAUAAUUUACGUUUUUUGGUAGAAAUUUAAUGAAUAAAUAACGGUGGUAACUUUUUGCAAUUUUGAUAAAAUAAAAAAAUGGACUUGGCAUUUCUGCCAUAGUAUAAUUAAGAGAAAAACGAACGAAAUAACUGUAAACUUUGUUUACCCGAACUUAUUCUAAUAUUUUGUAUUAAAAUCUAAAUUUUCAUAAAAAGUGGACUUAGUACAUUUGCACAUUAAGCUAACUAUAUUUUGUUUUAACAAUGAUUUUCAAUUGUAAAAUCAAUAGAAAAUAAACUCGAUUAUUAAGUAUUAUCAUCAAUAUCUACCCAUCCUUUACAAAAACAUAAAACACAUUCUACUUAAUAUAUUAAAGAUAAAUACUAUAUAUAGAAAGCAGCUAAUUUAAGAAUAAACCAUUUUUUAAGAUUCGUUUAAACGUAAGCUGCCUAAAUGAAUGAUGCUAGUUUCGUUUAAAAUACUUACUUACAUGCAAACAUCUUCCUACUUACGUCUAUCUAUCUAUCUAUCUAUACACACAUUAUAAAUAGAAUACAAACAAAUAAUUAAUAAAGAACGGCUAGUAAGCGAAUUCGCAUAAUUUAAAUUUACCGUCUAUAAAUUUUAA